AGCCGUAUCGAUUGCCAGCACUUAUGUCACCCUUGCCCUCGUUGGCUAUAAAAGCUCUUGGCCAUUUCUCUACUCGGUUUACUUGACCAACAGUCGUCGUCGUCGUCGCACUUGAACAACAACAUGCGGGCUCCCGAGUGGAUGACCAAUGAGAUGGCGCGCCUUACCUCCCGAUUGGAACGCUACAAGCCAGCGGGCAGUGGCUACAACCGCAUCCAAUCUAUUCGCCUGUCCAAGAGCGUUAUGCAGAUGCUGAACAAUCCGAUGCCUGUUGCCUCUGCUGCUAACGCGGCCAAUCCUACCACCGUGCGAACGCAUCAGCAGGAGAGCUCCUUCGCAACGCCGCACCGACGGCGUGGUGUCCUCAGUCGCAGCGAAUCGCAGUGGGAGGAGGUGUAUCCUGUCGUAAAUAUAAGCCGUCAGCAAAGCAGCGAGAGUGCCUGCAGUGGAGAUAGUGAAUUGCAGUUCACCCACUAUCGGAAUUGUGCCACGCGGAUUCCGUGAAUAAUUAUAUAUGGGAAUUAUUAUUUUAUUUUGCAAUAUUUGUGAAUUUAUGUGUUAAGUAACUAAUAAACCAAGAAAACAAAUCUCAAA